GAGGGGUCGACCUCCGUGGAGCAGCGAGCUGCCACACUGAAGAGGAACAUAAAGGAGACCUGACAGCGGCGUCUGCACUCCCUACACUUUCUCCGGGUAGUCACGGGGUUUCAAUGUUCAACCUGCUCUUUGCUUUCUGUGUCGACUUAAGCCGUACCUAUAUGGCGUGUGUGACCGGAGAAUUCUGCCAGGCACAGCACCUCACCUCUGUGGAGAAGUGAAUCGGCUGCCCCCUGAGGGACUACGCGACCCAGAAACCUCCCUGACCUCCAGGACGUUAAGAACUGUUCACUUUUCCGAAAGUCCCCUGGGAUCUUGCGUAGCCCUCGGCCCGACUGCCUUGCCUUGCCCUGCCCUAACCACCUGACGGAAAACCUUUGCUUUCCGCUUUUCUCCUCGAACAGCCAAUCACAAACAGCUCUCCUGAAUGGGCCGUCUCGCCAACAUGAACCGCCCCGCUGCAGUCGAGAUUUCCUACGAUUGCAUGAAGUUCCUCAUCACCCACAACCCCACCAACGCCACGCUCAACAAGUUCACCGAGGUAAGUCCACGUUUUCCCCUCCCCGACUGCGUAUCGUGUUCUUUCCGUUCACCGUCUAAAAAUCCUCCAUUGGGUGUCUCCCAGGAGCUGAAGAAGUCUGAGGUGAACACGCUGGUGAGAGUUUGUGAUGCCACCUAUGACAAGGCUCCGGUAGAGAAAGAGGGAAUACAAGUCCUGGACUGGCCCUUUGAUGACGGCGCACCUCCUCCCACUCAGAUCGUUGAUGACUGGCUCAAGCUGCUCAACACCAAAUUUCGAGAUGAACCGGGCUGCUGCAUUGCCGUGCACUGUGUGGCAGGUCUGGGCCGAGCGCCAGUCUUGGUGGCCUUAGCCCUCAUUGAGUGCGGGAUGAAGUAUGAGGAUGCUGUGCAGUUCAUAAGACAGAAGAGACGUGGAGCCUUCAACUCCAAACAGCUUCUUUACCUCGAGAAAUACAGACCCAAGAUGCGUCUGCGGUUCAAAGAUAACAACAACCACAACUGCUGUGUGCAGUAGGCUGCCUGUCAGCACAUCUGUCUAGUGAGCAUCUAGUCGGGAAUCUUCCACCAUGGGGAGAUUAAACAAAAAUAAAGAGAAAAAGAAAAAAAAAGAGAAAAAAAAAGAUAAAGAGUGCUAUCAGUAAUUGUUGUGAUGAUUUGUUAACACUGAGUCAUGGUCAAUUGAUCAGAGAGCAAUUGAAUGAAUCCAGAUCUGGGGAUCCACCAGCCGCACCGACGAACGGAAGGUCAAAGCACACAGACGGGCCGCGCGUCCCGCUUCUGCUGUUAACCACGGGCCAGAAUCUUUCCACUCGAGUCCAUCCUGUUUCUUUUGUUUUUGUUUCAGUUGUAAUCCUGGGAUGACUAUCUCCAUUAUGUGAAUUUAAUUUUUUUACACAGAUAUGGUGGUGAUGGUUGAAAUGUUAUGAUUUCCUGAUUUUUAUUUCCACUAAUGUCAUGAUUAGGCCAGAAUGAUGUACCUUUUUUUUUGUUUUGUUUUUAAACUAUUUUUAAACUUUGAGCACACCUUGUGAGGUUUUUUUUUCUUUUUUUUUUGCACAAAACUCAGAAGGUUCACCUGAAAAUGCAGUAACUUUUUGCUCUUACCCUUCACUUGCUUGAAGUCACUUUCAAUUUAGGGGUUCACAGAGUAUGAAUGACUAUAUUUAUUCACAAGAAAUCUGUGGCAGUAAUGAGUUUGGCAGGGGAAAGGGCACUUUGUUAUUCAAUAGUUGUUUUUUUUUUUUCUCCUUUUUUUUUCUAAUUGAGAGCCAUGUUUUGUUUUUCAUUUUUGUUUUUAAAACCUGCUGGAGUGCAAUAAUCGGUCCACCUCAGAUAAACCCAUAAACACCUGAGCAUCAUACACGUACAUUUCAAACACAAACACACCAGGAGUUCCCUCAAUGUGCAUAUUUAAAACUUGGGACACACCAAGCAGAGGAUCCAACCUGACAAGAGUGGAGAGGAAUGAAAGUGGUCAGUUUUUUAUCAUUGUACCCAUUUUGAAAACAUCCCCAAUUCGUAUUGGUUCUUUAAAGAUAAAUAAAUUGAGAUAAAAAGCA